AUGGAGGAAAUACCGCCCCAGCAAGCAGCAGAAUCUCCAAGGGUCCAGUUUCAUUCUUUGGAGAACCAGUCUGAGUAUCUGUCCCCGGAGCCUCCGUUCGCGCAGGACACCGACAUGGAGCAGGGACUCACUGGGGGAUUUCCAAUUUCCAAGCGUGGGAUCUCCCAGCUGGAACAAGAUCUACAGGUCUUUGAUCUGGAAACUAAGAAUAGAGAAGUCUUAAGAGAGGACUACUCAGAUGGAGAGACCACAGAAGAAAACAAGCUGUUGAUUCCUAAGCAGAACAUUUCGGAAGAAGUACAUUCAUACAAAACAAGAGUAGGAAGACUCAAACAGGAUAUUGCCCACGUGCCUGAGACUAGAGAAGUGUAUAAGUCUGAGGACAGAUUAGAAAGGCUUCAAGAAAUCCUAAGGAAAUUUCUCUUCCUGGAGAAAGAAUUUAGGCAAAUAACAAUCAGCAAGAAAACCCUCACCAGUGAGAAGAACAAUGAAUGUAAUGACCCAGAAAAAAGCUUCAGUCUGGACUCCACCCUUGAUACAGAUCAGAGAGUUCUUAGAAUACAAAAUGUUGAUGACAAUAAAUACGACACAGACUUCAACCAGAACUCAACUGCUGAUAAACAUGAACAUGUAAGUCAAGCACAGAGUUUUCAUAGUGACUAUAAAGAAAGCUUAAUGGACAUUUCCCACUUUAGUAAGUGGGAGAACAUUCCUACUACUGAGAAAUCCUAUAAAUGUGAUGAAUGUGGGAAAACCUUCCAUCAGAGCUCAGCCCUUACUCGACAUCAGAGAAUCCAUACUAGAGAGAAACCCUACAAGUGUAAAGAAUGUGAAAAAUCUUUUAGUCAGAGCUCAAGUCUUAGUCGACAUAAAAGAAUACACGCUAGAGAAAAACCCUAUAAAUGUGAAGUAUCUGAUAAAUCCUGUGAAGUGUCAGAUAAAUCUUGUAGGCAGAGCUCUGAUAUCACUCAGCAUAAGAAAAGUCACUCCAGAGCCAAAUCUUACAAAUGUAACAGCUGUGAAAGAGUCUUUAGUCGUAGUGUACACCUUACUCAACAUCAGAGAAUUCACAGAGAGAUGCCCUGUAAAUGUACAGUGUGUGGCAGUGACUUCUGUCAUACUUCAUACCUAAUAGAACAUCAGAGAAUCCAUCAUCAAGAAAAAUCCUAUGAGUAUAAUGAAAGUGAGUUAGCCUAUGCUAAACAUCAAGGAAUUCAUUUCAGAGAAAAGCCGUAUACAUGCAAUGAGUGUGGAAAAGACUUCAGAUUGAAUUCACAUCUUAUUCAGCAUCAAAGAAUUCAUGCAAGAGAAAAGCCACAUGAAUGUAAUGAGUGUGGAAAAGCUUUCAGUCAAACCUCAUGCCUUAUUGAGCAUCACAAGACACAUAGGAAGGAGAAGUCAUAUGAAUGUAAUGAUUAUGAGGAAAGUCUUAGUUACAGUUCAGAUCUUACCCUGCAACAAGAAGUCCUUACCAGAGAAAAAACCUUUGAUUGUGAUGCCUGGGAAGAGAACAUCAGUCAGAGAUCACACCUGGUUCAACAUCAAAGAAUCCAUACCAAAGAGAAACCUUAUGAAUGUAAUGAACGUGGGAAGACAUUUACUCAAGUUCAGACCCCUUUCAACAUCUGAGAGUUCACUCCUGGGAGAAAUCAUGUGUGUACUGAAUGUGGUGAAUCCCCUCACUCAUAGCUCAGCCCUUAUUCCACAUCAGAGAGUUCACACCAGAGAGAAACCUGAUUGCGAUGACUGUACGAAAGCUUUUGCUGUUAAACUCUUCAUUGCCUCCUGCAAGUUCAUACAAGCAAGAAAAUGUAUGAAUUUAUUGAGUGUGGUGAAUUCUUCCUGCUAUUUUCAUAUCUUGGUCACAGUUGGAGAAUUCACUGUGGAGUGGUUUCAUUACUGAGUGUGAAAAAGUCAUCAUUCAAACUCUUGUUCAGUAUCAAAUUCAUGCCAGCAGAAAUGUUGUGAAUGUAAUAAAUAUGUGUGCGUGUGAAGAGAUUCUGUCAUAACCCAACAGUGAUUCAGCAUCAAUCUGUGCCCAAGAAAAGUCAUUUAAAUACAGUAAAUGUGGUCAGUCUGUCAGGACUUUAUCAAGUCUUUCUUAGAAUGUCUGUACCAGAUGAGAAUCUGAUACAAUGCAAAUGAAAAAUUGUCACUGUAUCUUGGGCUUUACCUACCAUUUAAAUAUUGGAGAGAAAAUUCUUGAUUAUUUUUAUGUGAAAUUAUUAGGGUUUAAUUCCAAUAUUUUUCAUUGCAGAAGAAUUUAGUUAGAGGGGUGACUUGGUGAAUGAAACUCAGUUUUCUCAUGGCAUUUUAUUUAAUAUAAAGAUAUUCUAAGUGGUUAUGUAUAUUUUAUUUAUAGAAUUCAUUUACUGAGCUCAUUUUUGAGCUAUUUUUAUUUUAAUAUGACCUAUAAACAUUUUAUUUUUCCUGAAAUUGCUUCUUACUCAAACUUUCCUUAAGAUAUUGUUAAUGCAUCGAUGUUAAAAACAUGUCAACUUCUGGAAAGUAGAUCAGUUAGCAUUCUCUGCUCUUAGCCCAAGUUCUCUCCAAAACAGACAUUUAGGCCUGCUCUUAAGCCACAAUACUUGGAUUCCUGUUGAUUUUUUCAUUCUUGUAAGCAUCUUCAAAUGAUGAUUUCCUCCUGGUUUUAAGCUUUUCACCAGCAGAUUUUCUGUCCCUACUUGAUGUUGCUGGUCUGGUGUUUUCUUUCCUAAAGCAAAGCAUCUUUUUAAAGGAAUUGAAUUUGCACGUCCAGACCAUCCUUAUGUAUGAAGGAUUCUGUUUCCUUGAGUUUGUGGCUGACUAAACAUUUCAACUGAAUAAGGGUAUCUAUGAGCCAACAAGACUCCUUGGGGCCUGUCUAUAUUCAUUCAGUGCCUAUUCUGCAUGUCUAAGUUUAGAAUUCUUAAUGUGCUUCUAUUGAAGGCCAGCAGAAUGCUCAGGUCUGCUGUUGAUAGGGCAAAGAACAUAAAUGAGAAAAAACCAGAGUGUUUCGUAAGGGAAUGCAGCCUUCCAACAAACAUGUUGCUAUCAUGUAAUAGCUCUAGAGACAAUAUUUCAAGAGAGUGGUUUGGAUCCUUUCUCUGAUUUCCCUUCAUCAAUCCAGGACAGUGUUUGAAAUGUGGGCUUUGUGUAUAAUCAUCAUUUUUGUAUUUUAAUAGAAUCUAUAGUCCGUAUAAAAGAACAUGACUUUUUUGAGCGAUAAAAGUGGUCACAGAUGUUGUUAGCUCCAGAGAGUUUAGAUCACUUUUGUAUACCUAAAAAGAGUUCAUGAUUCUUUAGGUGUUGUCAAAGCAUUUUAUUAUAUUCAUAUUUUUCCAUCUUAAGCUUCAUAGCAUUUUGUGAAUAAAACAAGUGUUACUAAAAUUCUAGUUGUCCAGCAGUUGAGGCUUUCAUAGUUCAGGUGUUAAUAUUUACUAGGAAUCCUCAGCAAAUAUAUAAAAACUUACUGCUCAUACUGUGAGCCUCUUAUGGCUAACCUAGUAUAGUUCUGCCACUGUAUUUUACUCUGCUCCUAUCCUAAGCACAGGAUCUUAAUCAGGGCAAGAUAGGGAUCUAAAUGAAAUUGACCUUGAAAUAAAAACAAAUGAAAAAUGCAUGACUUUUUUUCUGUCAAACAUGUAUACCUUAUAGACACCACCAAUCACCUCUGAUGACUAUGAAACAGGAUUGAUUAAUCCACAAAUAGAACAUGUAAAAAUCAUAUGUAUGCUUUUUGCUUAGGAAUGUUCUUUUGUACUUCCACUUGAAUAAAGGUGUACUUGAAUUUUCUGACAAUCUGUUUCAAAGAAAAUCUGAAGGCCUCAGCUAGAAGCAUUUGGGAAUCUUGGAAUCACCUUCCUGACUGCAACUCAGAUCCUCUGAAACUUGAUUCACAGUAAGAGUUAAUCAUCCUAAUUGUAUUGAUACCAAGCUUUCUUUUCUACAGACCUCUGGAAUAAAAACUGAUCGUAUUUAAAGGGUUAUUUAGUUGGGAUGUUGUCAGUACAUAAGAGUAAAUCCUUCAAGGUUUCAGUAGAAGUAGGCAGAAUAUAAAACACAUUUUUAAAAGUGAGAAACCAAAAUAAUGCAACUUACCUGUUUAAGCAGAUGUUUAAUUGGUUCAAUGGAAUUUAUGCCCUUACUCUUUUUUUUUUUUUUUUUUUAAGGAUUUAUUUAUUUGAAAAGUAGAAUUACAGAGAGAGGAAGAGAAUCUUCCAUCCACUGGUUCACUCCCCAAAUGGCUACAACAUUCCAGGGCUGGGCCAGGCUGAAGCCAGGAGCCAAGAGCUUCUGGGUCUCCCAUGUGGGUGCUGGGGCCCCAAGCACUUGGGCGAUCCUCCACUGCUUUUCAAGGUGCAUUAGCAGGGAGCUGGAUCAGAAGUAGAGCAGUGGGGACUUGAACCAAUGUCCAUAUGGGAUGCCAGCAUUGCAGGCAUCUGCUUUACCUGCUACACCAAAAUGCCUUUUUGGUCUUGAAAGGGGAGGGAAGAGAAGAAAUCUAAUAGGGGGAUACUAUUUUUUAAAAAAUUUAUUUAUUUGAAAGGCAGAGUUACAGAGGGAGAGAGACGUCUUCCAUCUACUGGUUCACGCCCCAGAUAGCUACAGUGACUGGAGCUGCACUGAUAAGAAGCCAGGAGCCUCCUCCGGGUCUCCCAUGCAGGUGCAAGGACCCAAGGACUUGGACCAUCUUCUGCUUUCCCAGGCCAUAGCAGAGAGCUGGAUCAGAAGAGGAGCAGCCGGGACACGAACUGGUGCUCAUAUGGGAUGCCGGUGCUGCAGGCCACGGCUUUAGCCCACUAUGCCACAGUGCUGGCCCUGGGACACCAAAUUUUUUUUUUUUUUUUGACAGAGUGGACAGUGAGAGAGAGAGAGAGAAAGGUCUUCCUUUACUGUUGGUUCACCCUCCAAUGGCCGCCGCGGCCGGCGCUCCCAUGGGGUGCUGGGCCCAAGCACUUGGGCCAUCCUCCACUGCACUCCCAGGCCACAGCAGAGAGCUGGCCUGGAAGAGGGGCAACUGGGACAGAAUCCGGUGCCCCGACUGGGACUAGAACCUGGUGUGCUGGCGCCGCAGGUGGAGGAUUAGCAUAUUGAGCUGCAGCGCUGGCCUGGGACACCAAUUUUAUCUACUGUCUCUCCACCCACCUACAGGCACAUGUAUGUAUGUAUGUAGAUAUUUAAGCUCAGUUCUCACAAUCUUUUAAGGGCACCAGCUCCAUUUUGUAGAGGAAGUGAGGGGUAGAGAAGUUAAAGAACUUGUUAGCGUUAAAGAACUAGUAACUUGUCAAAGCAAAUUAGCUCAAACUCAGUUCUGUUUGAGCCAAAGCUUCACAGCAUCGUGAUGGUACUCUAUACAUCUGAGAAUCCAGAGCUUUCCUUUCAUAGCUCUGUUCCUUAUCACAUCCCCAGUGUUUCACUGUUGCGUUUGCAGCUGAUUCCAAAGGUUCCUGGAGCUCUCUGGGAUACUAGCAGAGAAUAUGUUGAAGUUAAUUUAAGGAGCUGGUCAUACCCCUUCUUGAAAUAACUUCAUAGUAACAAGUCAAAACUCCCAAAUUCACGUCUCCUGCCAAGACACCCUGCUCCCAUCACUAGAUUGACGCUUCCAUUUCUUCGUGCCCCAGAUGUGUUCUUAUUUUGCUGCUAAGAACUUGGCUGAUGACAUGGAUCUUCACCAAGAUUUUUUUUUUCUUUACCAAGAUUUAUUAUCACCUCUGGUUAUAGUGUAAGAGGGUCUUCAAAAAGUCCAUGAAAAAGUGUCUUAUGAAAAUAUGCAUGUAUUUCAAACACUUUACAACAAAAAAGUUAACCUUUUAAUUCCAUGUUCAUGAGCUUUUUGAAGAAUUCUCACAUAGGAAGUAGUGGAAUCUCAGAAGGCAUUCACGAGCAGACGUUUAGCAGUGCAGGACUAGCCUGGAGGAGGGACCCGGGAUUUGAGAGCUUUCCUGUGGCUGGACACAAUGGGAGGCGUCCUGGGCUGCGCGGGAGCUGCUCCUGGCAGCUGAAGUCCACAACCGGACGGCUGUCUCUUCUAGCAUUCGCAUCAUAAGGCAUCACCUCUUGCACUCGCAUCAAAAUACCGGUGUGUGGAGGAACUGAUGUUCAAUCCAGGACUGUAAGAUGAUUGCAGAUAGUGCCCUGUACAAGUGAAAAAUGCUGGACUUUUAACUAUAUUUUGCUAACAUCUCCCAUUGUCUUCACUUGUAAAAAAUGGUUAGCCUUCUGUACUUCAUUUAUGUUUAUAAAUUUACAACUUGGGCAUAA